AUGAUCGUGCUGGGUGCCACUAUUUGGCCAGGAGUCCUCAUGUUGAUGUGGGUGAUGCCCCGGGCAAUGGUGGAGGAUGGCAUUGUGGAUAAAGAAGGCAAGCCACGGCUCGGGUCUUUGAGCGCCGGAUGCCUUGUUUGGGGCAUCUUGAUGGGCACCAUGGGACUGAAGAUUCCGGCUUUGUUUCUGGCCCACAACACCAGGCAGAAUGAUUUCCAGCUUGGAGGGGUGAACGAGGGAAAAUGGAAAGAUCACUUCAAUGAGAAGGAGCCUAACCCGGGACGUAUGUUUGGCGCCUUCCUGAUGCUACUUCGUGCCGUCGCCAAUGGGAGCCUCCUUGUGUAUUCGGCAUGGAUUUUGCCGCCUCGAAAUCCGGACAAGAAUCUCAACCUUUCCAAGUUUCUGCUGGCAUGGUUCGAGGCUCCGCUGGCUUUCUUGAUGGCAUUGUCUUGCCUCUAUUCGCUUGUCAUGAUCUACUGGCAGUCGGAAAAGCCAAAUCACUACACCGCGUUCGCCAGAAAUGUCCGUCGGCUUGGACGUUUUUCAGCCUUUUCCAGCCUGCCGUAUGCUAACCCAGCAGUGAUGCUGAACCAGCUGAAAGUUGCCGUUAAUGACUUCCUUCAGCAAAGCGAAAAAGCGAAAGAGCUGGGCGUCACGAAUGUCAAAGGUGACAAGCGCGAUCUUCUGUCGAAACUGCGCCAGCUUGGCUGGAAGAACCUCUUCGUUCUCGGCUAUGUGGUUUUCUCUCAGAUGGUCUACAAUGCGCUGUUUGCAUGUGCUGCCAUUGGUUCCGUGGUUGUGAAAACAUCACAAAUGAGUUUUGUUUCAGACAAGUCGUGGGACCAAUGGACAAUUGCCGAAGGCAUAGCGCUGGCAUCAUUCAUCAAUGCUCUGAGCGGGUUGGGUCUGGAUCCAAACGUGCUUGGCCUUGUCAAGGUGCUUCGAGAACGGUAUGGAAACCUUAUUAUGGACUUCAGCGACGACGAGCUAGUGGCAUCUUGGCAAAGGCAGGUGAUCCAAUGUAUCAUGCUGGUUCAUGACCCCCACAGCGACAGCGGCCGAGCAUCUGUCUUGAUUUGCGCCCUCACGUUAGACCUCACGGACUGCUGCGAGAUCAUAGAUAAGGAUAAGGACCCCGAG